AUGAAGAUCUUCCUCAUCCUUGCCCUCCUUGCCGUGGUGGCGACCAUGGCCAAUGCCACUGUACAGCUUGAUCCUAGAUGCCAAGAUCAGCCAUUUCCGCAACCACAACAACCGUUUCCACAACAUCAACAACCAUUUCCACAACCACAACAACCGUUUCCACAACCACAACAACCGUUCCCGCAACCACUUACAAAACAACAGUUGAACCAGUGCCAAGAGUUUCUCGUGCAGAAGUGCAAACCAGUGACGAUAAGGUCAAUCCUCUGGUCGUGGAUCUUGCAACAGAGCAGCUGCCAGGUGAUUCAACAACAAUGUUGCCAGCAGCUAGCGCAGAUCCCCAAGCAGCUCCGGUACCCUGCCAUAUUUAGCAUUGUGCACGCCAUCAUCGUGCAGCAGCAACAACAACAACCCUUCCAGCCUCAGCCACAACAGGUGGGCCAGGGUUUCAUCCAACCUCAGCAGAUAGCUCAGUUCCAGGCUCAGUUGACGUAUGCGUUGCAAACCCUGCCAGCAAUGUGCAAUGUGCAGGUCCCGCUGUACUAUUCCACCGUCCCAUUCAGCCGCAUCAGUGGCUUUUGA